UUGACAACGUGUUCACUAUGAAAACGGUUAAUAAUGUAUUUUUGUUUGUAACCUUGACAACCACAGAGAAACUACAUGUGAGAUACUAACUAAAAAACAACACAACAUUUCACACAAAUAAGUUAUACUUUCAGUAAGGAGUAAGGUUUAUAAGUUAAAUUUGUGUUGUUGAAUACAGUGCUUUACAAUCUGUUCCAAGUAGCAACUUUACCAAAGCGACAAGAAGCCCCAGCAACUGAAACAGUUAACACCGGAUAACCAAUGUAGCUGGAACCAGCUCCGUUCUCAUUCUCUUCAAGACGUCAAGGCUCACCACAGCAGAGUGAAAAGCAAAUGCUUGGACAUUACCUGUAAAACUGAGACAUACGUUUCGCAAGAUCUGCAUUACUACUGUAUACCCCUGCUCAAUUGUGUCGCUCCUGUGGAUUCUCUAAUAUUAGAUAGUAUAGGCUAUGAGUUCUGAAAUCCCAUGUAUUGUCACAUCUGUUUUACAUUACAUAACCCUAAUUAUAAUUUAUAUACACGGGGUGUCCCUGGCAGCUGUUGAUGAGUCACACUUGACCUAGUACAGCGAUAAUAUAACUGAAGGGAAAUAUUGUUACAAGGAUCAUAAAACAUGACUAUUUUGCCAACCACAGACUCGCAGAUGCACUUACUUAAAAGGGCAAUUAAUUUCAUAUUUUUCUCCUUUAAUUAAAAUUACUUUUGGAGCCUUUUUGUAUAUCUAGCUCUAAACCUACCCCUUUACUUGUCCUAACCCAACCUAUUUCACAGCGCGUAAAAGCUAGAGCUCUAGCAGAUGUGAUGCACCCGCAAGGUCCCUGCACUGGGGAACAUCUGGAGCGAGAUGGCAAGCUUGUGGCUCACACACAGCACUACGAGAACAUACAGUCCAGACCCUCCGCCAACAAUCUGCACGCCUCCCAGAUGAACAACGUGGGCCCCACCAUGACCCACCCGCACUCCUACCCGGCCCCGAGCCAGCUGACAAACCCCUACGAGCAGCAGCCGCCCGGCAAGGAGCUCAACAAGUACGCCUCGCUCAAGGCAGUCGCGGAGCAGGCCAACAACGACUUCUACUCAAAGCGACGGCACUUGGCGGAGCUGGCAGCUAAGGGCAGCCUGCCACUACACCCAAUGCGCAUGGAGCACGAGGAGAGCAACCCAUACAACCCCGACCUGACCGUCGUCAAACAGAACGGCCACAAGAACAAAAUCAGCAAGACGCACACGCACCCGCUGGCCUUCAGCUCCAACACGAUGAAGGGCUGGGACCCCAAUGACACCUCCAGCCGCUGGCACACCUACAACAACAAGAAGCACUGCACCGUGGAGCAGGUCAACGAGCUACACAGCAGCUGCAGCCAUCAUUUCCUGCCCCCGCAGCCUUACUUUGUAACCAACAGCAAAACGGAAGUGACUGUGUGAGACCCCCUUAGCAGAGAGAAAGAAGGAGAGAGA